CUAUGCAGAUCAAAGCCAGCAUCUCGUAUAUUCUGUAAGCUAUUGGAGUUUUCUCCAAAAGUCAUCGUCUCUGACAUUUCCCAGCCAGCUAUUUACUCAUUCAUUCAUUCAUUCACCUAUCUAGCAGGUAUAUGUAAUUGGUCACAAGAGGGAUUGCCUGAAAGACAGAUUGACUAGACGACUGUCUUUCCCCAUCCAGCCAUCCCAUAUAUCUCUUCAUCCAACACAUUUUGGGUGAGUUCUAGGCUCUUUCCUGGGCUCUGAGAUUACAUAGGUGAAUAGCCAUUAUAGGCCCCUAGCAGGUGGAAAGUUUGUAAAGGGAGCAAAUAUUAUAGUGAUAAGUAUUAUACCGGAAGUAUGGGGCAUCAUGGAAACACACAGGAAGGGCCUCCAACCCAUUUCAGGGUGGUUAGGGGUCAGGAAAUUCUGUGCGCUGUGUUGAACCAAAGGAGACCUCAAGAUCACCCAUUCAUGCCAAAAAUAAUCAUGGAAUCUAUUAUGCGCCAGUAUUAGGUGCUGAGAGUGAAGAGGUGAACACUGUAGGUGCUGUCCUUCCUCUGGGGGAGCUCAGAGUCUAAUUAGGGAGGUUAGAAAUAUAUAUAAAAACCCUUGGGCCCUGGGCAUACCAUCGAAUCCUUCCGUUUGGCUCACUGUAUUUAUUGGGUGUUUUCUAUGAGCUUUCCAAGGGUGGUGAGAGACAGUGAAUUGGACAUGUUUCUAGACUUGGAAGUUCAGGGACCGUUGAAAGAGCCCCCUCGAGAUUUUUUGUAAUCUUAUAAGGUGAAAAGGAGUCCAGCCAUGGAACAGAUACAGGAGAAGCACUCUAGAAUUUAGCCAAAGCAGCAGUUGUUUCCCUCUGGUGAGGGCUUUAUGGAAGCGGUGACAUCUGGACUGGGUCUUUAGAAAGACCCUUUUUUCCCUAUUACCUCAUUUAAUUCUUAGCAACACUGCUCUGAGGCACAGGGUUGGUUUGGUUUUGUUUUUUAAAUUUUAUGGCCACACCUGCAGCAAAUGGAAGUUCCCAGUCCAGGAAUUGAAUCCCAGCCACAGCUGUGGCAACACAGGCUCCUUUAACCCAAUGCUCAGGGCCAGAGAUGAACCCACACCUCUGCAAUGAUCUGAGCCACUGCAGUCGGAUAUUCAACCCAUUGUGCCGUGGAGGGAACUCUGAGGCUCAGGGACAUGGCCUCCUCAGGAGUCUACAAACUGGACGAUGGGAAGCCUUACCUGAGCAACUGCUUUCCAGCCAAAAGUCUGCUUCGGAUGCCAGAGGAAGCAGGCCGAGGACACUGGUUAGUGGCUCGGAAAUGUGGCCCCAAGAAGAAGCCCAAGGCUGUGGUUGCAGCACCAGCUGAAGGUCAGGAAAGCCGGAAGGUUUCUUUUGAGGUCGGAGGGAAGAAGGGGUCUUGGCAGGAAAACCAAGUGGACGUUCCUGGACACGUGCUGGACCAGGCUUUUCUGCUGAAGCACCACUGUGUGAAGAAUCCGUCAGACCUGUGCAGCAUUAAUGUGAGCGGCCUCAAGUUCUCCCAGGCUAAAGACAAGGACUUCAAACAUUUUAAUUCUGUGAUUUACAUCAAUGCCUCGGAAAACCUGCUGCCUCUAGAGGCAUUUCACACCUUUCCAGCCUUGAAGGAACUGGAGCUGGCAUUUAACUGCAUCAAAACAGUCUACGUGAAAUAUGGAGACUUUAAGUCCUUGGAAUUCCUGGACCUUUCCUUCAACAGCCUGACUGUGGAGGCCAUCUGUGACUUGGGGAUUCUGCCACACCUCCGUGUCUUGCUCCUCACAGGCAACGGGCUCACCUCCCUGCCACCCAACUUGGCUGUCACAGAGCAGGAGGCAUCUGUGACAUCGCUGACCAGCAAGAGGUACAUCCUGAGGUUCCCGGCACUGGAGACCCUGAUGCUGGAUGACAACAAGCUCUCCCACCCCAGCUGCUUUGCCAGCCUGGCUGGGCUCAGGAGACUGAAGAAGUUAAGCCUGGAUCAAAACAGGAUUUUCCGGAUCCCGUACCUACAGCAGGUUCAGCUCCGAGAUGGGUCUGGAGACUGGGUUGGAGGCAGGAGAAGUCCCCGGAAAGGGCCCCAAUCCAGGCUGCAGCCCAAGUUGUGGAUGUUUGAGGCCUCAGAUGACCAACCGGAUUAUACAGUGCUGCCCAUGAAAAAGGAUGUUGACCGGACAGAGGUCGUGUUUUCAUCUUACCCUGGAUUUUCAACCUCAGAGACGACCAAGGUCUGUGCUCUUCCUCCGGUAUUCGAGAUUCUUCCCGUGAACUCGCUGAAGGCGAGGAACCAGACGCUGGCCCCGCCCUUCCCCGAGCUGAGGUGCCUUAGCCUGGCCUACAACAAGAUCGCAAAGGAAGAUGCCGUCCUGCCAGUAGCUCUGUUCCCCUCUCUCUGCGAACUCAUCUUUCACAACAACCCUCUGGUGGCCCAUACACGAGGGGUGCCUCCACUGCUCAAAAGCUUCCUCCAGGAGCGGCUGGGAAUCCACUUAAUUCGAAGGAAGAUAGUAAAGGCUAAGCAUCAUAUUUUGAUGCCUCGGAGGGACUCAAGGAAGGUGAAAACUCAAGUCCCAAAGGUACCAAAGCAGCCUCUGCUUCUCCAUCAUCCGCCUGUGACCACAAUCCAGUCUUCCUCAAAGGAGGGGCUGGAGUCCGAGGCGGAGCUCAUGAAAGAGCUGCCCACCAGUAACUCCGGUUCCGUGAAGCGAGAGAUGCCCAUCGAGGGCCUGGAGGGCCUUUCCCUGUCCCACCGGACCUUCGUGCCACUGCCUCCCAUCUGCUCCGACUCCACUGUGCAGAGUGAAGAGACAGCCCACCAAAGCGAUGCCCCCGGCCGCCUGAGCCCAGACCGCCUGUCAGACGAGGACAUCAAAAGCACAGAGUCCGUCUUCUUGACCCAGGUCAGUGGGCUGUCUUCCUGCAUCUUCCAGAGGGAUGAUUCAGAGACAAAGGAGAAAGGCCGGAGUCCACCCCCCACAGCACCCGGAGAGGCGAGGAAGACUCGGAAGAAGCUCCAGUCUGCCUCGCUCCCUCGAAAGUACCACGGCUAUGAGGAGCUGCUGACAGCCAGGCCUGACCCAGACUUCAUUGAGCCAAAAGGAAUCCAGAAGAACACCCAGGCCUUGAAGCGCAUGUUCAAACACCCGCUCCCGUACCGUCCCGGCAGGCCCAGGCUGGACGCGCCUCAGAAACGCUAUGUUCCCAAGGAGAAGCGGACCCAGAGGAUCCCCGUCCCCCCUCCACGGAAGACGCGAGCCCAGCUGCUGGAUGACAUCCUUAUUCGGAUGCGGGACCCCCGGCAUCUCACAGAGGCGCCACUAGGAGCUGUUCUGCAGCAACGGACAGAGCAGCGGCUGGUGAACCAGAAGCAGUACCUGGAGGCCAAGCGGCUGCUGAAGGAGUUCCGCGCUCGCUACCGGCGGCUGGUGCGCACCUCGCUGCGCACAGUGCUCGGGGCCACAGCGCCACCCCAGGCCCGCCCCGCGCUAAGCGAGGCGCAGCCUAAGUUCAGCCGCUUCCUCGAGUUGAUGGAUGAGUUCUACCAGGAGCCCACGGCCAGUGACUCAAAAGGCUAGUUCUGCACACAGGGCCAUAGGCGCCACCCGGCCUGCACCCCAUACCCUCCCUGGGGCCCCACCCCGCUGACUGCUCCUUGGGACCAGUGUGGGGCUCAGAGCUGGGCAUGGGCCUCGCUCGCUGGCUGCAGAGGGUGGGGAGCCAUCAGGACCCCCCUUCCUGGAGCUGGGCAGGGACUGACGCCUGGCCCAGCAGCAAUAAAGACUCUGGGUGCAUAGAGCAAGGCAGCCCUGGUUCCCUUUUUGGAGCCUGGGCCAGGGCGUCGCGCUGGGGAAAGAAAUCCCAGCUGAUGUGCCUCCCGGGGUCCUAUGGGGAACCCGCCUGGGUCCCACGUACCCAGCAGAGCCGGGGUAAGUGCUAGGACGAGAAACGGGGGUGGCGAAACACAGAUGCAGCACAGACGUAAAACCUCACAAAAGUUAACAGACUUAGCCAGUGGGGCGGUGGGUGGGUGUGUGUGUGCCCAAGCGCGCGUGCGUGCAUGCGUGCAAGGGAGGCCACAGAAGCGAAGCCUCUAGGCCCCCAAAACGGUGCUUUUUUUCGGGUGGGCGUCUUUUCCCAUUGUGAGGGCAAACGUGGGGAAGAAGAGAGGAUUGGGAGUUUCCUUCUUUAGAUGGUCGUGGCCACAAAGUUGGGACAAGUUGAGAGGAGGGCUUACGUGGAGUUUCCCAAGCUCUUCUAAUCCGGGACAUGAACCGAAGUCCCACAUGCAAACCCAGUGGGAUGUGGCUCUAAAGCGGCGCAAAGUCGGCCAGGACCCGAGGUAGGUAAGCUAGUUCUGGCCAAGGCAGCCUGUGAGGUUGGCCCAUUCUAGGGAGUGCAAAGCAGUCAGCACCUGCGACAGAGGAGGAUCAGAGGACCCCGGGACUGAAGCCCAGGGAUGUGCGUUUGCGGAUGGGUGCUGGGUGUGACUCAGUCACCGGGGCAAUGCUUGCGGCUCAGACUCCCCUCCUGGAGGUGCCUACAGUUCAGACAUGGGGAGGAGGCCUGCAGCUCCCGGGAUCCCGGAUCAGCAGCCUGAGGGUUAAGGAUCCUCAGCAAGGUACAGACUCCUACAACCUAAGCUGCAACUAAGGUGACUGUAGAAGUACACAGUCUUGGAGCCGCAGGUGUGAGGGCAGCAUGGUGCAGUAUCUGCUGUGUUUCCAGUGUGAGACUGAGGAUACAAAGGUUUGCAUGUUAUCAUACUCAGCCAGUCUCAUACUUGUGGCCAGAUGCAUAUUUCUACCAAGCCGAGGUCGCAGCGGCUGCAUUCAAGUGCAGACCGCCUCACACCCGGAUCAGGUUAGAGUCUGUCCGUCCCGUCUCACUCGCUCACAGACACUUGGACAGAGGCGGGCACUCAGGGUCGCCUCGGCGGCGCUCGCAGCCGGGCGCACAUCGCCAACGUCCCACGUGGGCUCUGCCGAGUCCCACCCCCACCCCCUCGUGUUCAGGAGACUCCACGCCCACAUGCACACGGUAAACCUUGCUAGGCUCACGUUCUGGAGAUCUGGAAUACUCCCUUCCACCAGAGACACUCAAACUGGAAGGCUCCUGCAGCACCCCGUCCCGGCCUCAAGGCAGGAAGCCUGCUGCCCAUCUCCCCGACAGAUGAUGCGGCGCCUACCCGCGCAUCCAGUUCCCUCCAAAGGCGGCCCCUUCCUUUGCUGGGGAAGCUCUAGCCAGUGGGGGUUCAGCAUCCGCCCGCGUCCCUCAGCUGACCCAGCUCUGCUCUUUGGCCCGGAGUGGAUCUGCUCUCUGUCCAGCCAGGCAGCCCUUUACUGCCGUGAGACACCCUGAAGGGGCUGGACCUGCCGCGCUCAACUCCCGCAGUGAUUCCACGCGCGACGCCCUCUGAACAAACGGGAGGCUUUAUUGAGCCUUUAUCAGCAGACUAAUACCAGCACUGCUGUCCCUCUUUUAUCCUUGAAAUUAACCUUUGGUAUCUGAUGCAGGAUUUUACACUUUAUCAUCUUAGUCUCAGCCCGGAGUUCCAGGCUGCGGGACCAUUCUGCGUUGCUGCUUGUUGACUUUCCCAUCUCGGAGCCUGUUUAGAGAGUACACCGAGUGCUGGCCCCCUUUCCCUCGGCUGUAAACAAAUCCUGUCAACGUUGAAUUCCCCAGAAGGAAGCCGCCAGAAAGCUACCAGGGCUCUGCCGAGCGCAUCUAGGAAGACCCAGGUAUGACCGCUUGGCAGCUCAUGUUCCUCAUUCAUCCUUUCAGCCUCAGCUGUGUCCUUGGCCUCUGCUCCCAAACUCAACUGUGCUUUUCUUUGUGACCCAGUAUGACCUCGAUGGGCACCAUACUGUGUGGUACUAAGAACUGAUUAUACCUCUGGUGCUCAGCCUAGAGCCGGGGUCCCUCAUUCAUUUCUGGAAUGAAUGUGCCGGGAGCAACAGGAACCAGCUCUUGCCGGCCGUCUUAACGGGGUUAUACAUGGCGGUGGCGAAGGCCGCUAGAAGCCAGUGCUGGGCAGCUUUCCACAGGCACUGCUUGGCAUUUCCUCAAACCCAUGUGUCUAUCAAGAAAAAGCAGGAGUGCCCGUCAUGGCUCGAUGGUUAACAAACCCGACUAGCAUCCAUGAGGAUGUGGGUUCGAUCCCUGGCUUCAUUCAGUGGGUUAAGGAUCUGGCGUGGCCGUAAGCUGUGGUGUAGGUCACAGACUCGGCUUGGAUCUGGUGUGGCUGUGGCAUAGGCCAGCGGCUACAGCUGUGAUUGGACCCCUGGACUAGGAACCUCCAUAUGCCACAGGUGCAGCCCUAAAAAGACGAAAAAGCCGCCUUCCAGCCUGCCUGCUGCUGUGAAGUAUCAGCUCAGUGGUGUAUCGCACUGUAUGUGCAUCACCUCCCCACACUGGUGACAGCCGCACCCUGGGAAGCCGUUCAAUCCAUCUCAAGUAAUUUGGACUUAGUCACAUUACAGGGUUCAAUUUUAACUGUCUCCUGUUUGCUAUAUGAUAUUGGGCAGGUCAUUCAAACUUACCCCUGGCAUCAGUGGGGUUUUCAAUCUCUAUGGGUCCUUCGGGUGUUAAAAAUACACUUUGAAAGUUCCCCUCUGGCGCAGCGGGUUACGGAUCCGGUGUUGCCACAGCUGUGGUGCAGGUUGCAGUUGCAGUGCAGGUUUGACACCUGGCCUGGGAACUUCCACAUGCCCUUGGGUGCAACCAAAAAAUAAAUAAAAACGUAUGUUGAGCUCUGGAGUAAAUUUCAAUUGCUUAAUAUCCAGGAUUUUGUGUUUCUGAAGCAGCAUGUAGUCCUCAUUGCAGUGACUGAAGCCUUCAGCUGGAUUUGUCAACUGAAUGAGCACUGAGCACUUAUCAGGGAGGCCUCAGUGAUGGAAGCCAACCCCCCACCCCCACCGCUGCCAUCACGGUCACUUACUCUCUCCACACAUCCUAGGUGUCACAGGGCAUCACGCCCUGGGCUGGCUGUCACCCAGAGCCCCCUUCCUUCUCCACAGCAGAUGCAAAGGUGGCUGCCACUCUUCUGAGCCUUCUCCAACCUUCUAACAAAAGCAAAAACCAGAAGAAAUCCUUUCUCCCACUACCAAUUCUCCAGAAUUAGGUAGGCCCAUCCCAUUUUCCACGUCACUUAUGCAAGAGUCCAGUGAACACCCAAGGAGAGUCAGCAGUGGCCACAGGAGAACAACUGAGACACAGCGUGUGCCUCACCAUCCUUGCUGUCCCAGGGUCCCUCCCACCCCACAGGCCCAGUCCGGGAGGAGAUCCGACCUCAGAAGCACCCUGAACCAUACUGUUAACCAAAGCCAGUGGCGCAAAAUGGCACCACCCCGAGCUUGAUUUGGGCCAGGGCAGCAGAAGCAGCGGUUGGUAGCUUUGGAGUCAGGGCUCCAGCUUCCAGGCUACACGAGGGCCACCUGCUUCAGCACGCCAGGCUGUCGUUAAUGAGUGUGGCACAUAGAGCAUCUCCUCUCACUCUAGGGACUAAGGGACCAUCACGCCUGUUCUCCUGCCUCGAACCAGGUGCGCUAUUUCUUGCAAAUCAUUUUGCAAGAGGUUGGGCCAGAUGGUUUCAAAGGUCCCUCAAGAGCUGGUUUACCAUGUAUGGCAUGGAAUCUUACCUCAAUCCUUCAGAUUGGUUUUACAGGUUUAGAUGGAACAUGGAUACAUUUGUUGUUUGUUGGAUGAGAAACUGACACAGGCUUUCAAUUCCUGAACAAUGGUUCCAUAAGAGAGCGUUUUUAAAAAUCAGAUGUUCUGAGAACAGCCCCACUAUGCAAGGGCAGUGUCACCCUGCAUAUUUGGUCUUUCUUUACUCAUAGUCUUUUUUGAUGCCUUCAUCAGGAGUAAGAAUGGCUGAAUACAAGAAUAACAGAAAUAACUUAGAACUCAAAAGAUGUAGUUGUACCCCCUGGAAACCCCAUCCCACUUAAUUUCUGCCACCUGAAGGCCAAAACAAGACAUUUCAACACAGGCAUCUCCCAGGGGGCAAAGAGCACCAAAACUCCACACAGUCACAGCUUGCCUCGGGUGUGUCGGAGUUUGCUCUCCAGAGCUAAGGCUUUGACUGCAAACAUAACAUUCAUGUGUUUGCCUGACCAUAUUCUCACCUCGGGCCUCUCAGCGGGCAGACGUACGUGGAAGAAUGCACUUGGGGACAUAGUGCAUUGUCACAUGUGAUUGCUUGUUGGCAGGAGCAUCCCUGACGGGGCUUACCACGUCCCGGGUCCCCUUGGCCAAAAUGCUCUUUGUGAUAAGUUGGAGGGGAGGCAGCCAGCACAAGUCCCAAGGAUUGAGGCCCCUUCUCCAUUCUACUACCGAGAGCAGAUGGAAUAAAACCAAAAUUCAGCCCAUCUCCGAUGUCUCGGGGGGUGGGGGGGAGAUAAGGCCCUAAGGACAACUGGGAGUAAACAGUGCAUCAGGGGCACACGCGCACGCACACAAAUCUGUGAGUUGGCCCUCUUCCCAUCCGUAGGCAUCCAUUCCCUCAUCAGGACUUGAGAGUCCUGCCGGAGGUUAAGGGUUGAACCCACUGGUGGCAGACCUUGGAGAGGGGGCAGAGGGGGCAGGGCUAACAAGGGAGGAUCUGGUGCCAUCUGACACCAGGGCCCAAGAGCUACGCUUGAGGUCCCACGGCUUGAUCUUCGAGGAGUGCGCUGCCUGUUUUACCCCUUAGGGAAGAAGAAGAAAGGGUGAGGAACAAACCUGGCCUUACCUUGGCUCUGUCCAACCAGUUCUUGAUUUGAGACACCAGAAAAGGUAAAGAGGGAGCCUGCCCCAAGUUUGAGGUUGCCUCCCACACCUACUGAGACAAGGCAAUAAGGAAGGAUUUACUCACAAAGCAAAGUGUGUAAAUAUUUUUCUUAGGAAAAAAAAAAUACUGAUAAUACAUAGAACAAUGUGCACAUUCAAGUCUUGGCACUUUUCCUUCAUCCAAUUUCACCAGUUUCUAAACUGGCGACUUCUGUAGGUAUCACACGUCUCUUUUCUGUAGAACGAUCUUUAAAAAGCUACUGUGGAUAACAAGCAUGUAAAGAUGCAUUUCUGGAUUAUCUUUGGAGGAAAGGCUAGUCAGCAGCCUCUUUUCCUGGAAUCCCAA